AUCACGACUGAAUGAGAUUCUGAGCCCCAAACCCCUUCUUCUUACUCUAUCUCUCAUCGACAUGUCAUGUGAAGCUUGAGCUCUCUCUAGCACUCCCUCAACAGAAAUAAAACCAGAUAGAAACAAAAACCCCUAAACACUGAGAUAGAUAGACGAGAGAAACUUGAAUUUCUUCGCCUUUUUUUCAUUUUAUUUUCCAGUCUCAAAGGGGAAAGAGAGAGCCGGAAUUAUGGCAGUGGUUGAGAAUCUCGAGAAUGCUGCUGCCAAGACCGUGGGGUCCGCCUCCGCCAACGCCGCGGCGGAGCACCACCACCACCACCACCAGCCACCGCCGCCUGCUGCCGGUGCCGUGACGUCAUCCGACGAUCAGGAUCAGUCGGCAUCCGCCAAGCAAGUACGCCAGCAGAUUGAGGCGGCGCUGCAGCAGCAGCAGCAGCAGUACGCCAUGGCUAACGGUAACGGUAAAAGCAACGGCAACGGUCAGCUGAGCUACGAUCAGCGAUCCAACGGCGAGAUGAACGGCGGCGGGGAUCACCACGACGUGGCCGGGGAGAGCUUCAAUCGGGACAUGAGGGAGCUGAGGGAGCUCUUCUCUAAGCUCAACCCCAUGGCGGAGGAGUUUGUGCCGCCCUCACAUGCUAGCAACAACCACCACGGAAUCAACGGCGGGUUUGUUGACUUCACGGCGCUGAUGAUGCAGAAUGGCAACCGAGUCGGACAAGUUAACGGUGGUGUUGGUUAUCCCGGCCGGCGGAGAAAUAAUCAGGGAAAGAGGAGAAUGAACAGCAGGACAAGUCUAGCGCAGCGAGAAGAUAGAAUUCGGAGGACUGUGUAUGUCUCUGACAUUGAUCAACAGGUCACUGAGGAGCAGCUCGCAGCGCUGUUUGUUACUUGUGGGCAGGUUGUUGACUGCCGAAUUUGUGGUGACCCGAAUUCUGUACUCCGUUUUGCCUUUAUCGAGUUCACUGAUGAAGAAGGUGCAAGAGCUGCUUUGAGUCUUGCUGGGACCAUGCUUGGAUUCUAUCCAGUAAGGGUGUUGCCUUCUAAGACAGCUAUCGCACCUGUUAACCCAACAUUCUUGCCUCGGACUGAAGAUGAACGUGAGAUGUGUGCAAGAACUAUAUACUGUACAAACAUUGACAAAAAGGUUUCUCAAGCUGAUGUUAAGCUCUUUUUUGAAUCAGUUUGUGGAGAGGUUUAUCGUCUGAGGCUGCUGGGAGACUAUCACCACUCCACCCGUAUUGCAUUUGUUGAGUUUGUGAUGGCUGAAAGUGCAAUUGCUGCUCUCAAUUGUAGCGGUGUGGUUUUGGGAUCAUUGCCAAUCAGGGUAAGUCCAUCCAAGACACCUGUUCGUCCGCGCGCUCCACGCCUUCCCAUACAUUGAUUCAUCUUUGGCAUUCAUGACUGAUCUACAGUUCCGGUUUAAAUAUAUUUAAAUACACACAACUAUGUAAAGAUGUUCUCCGUGCCUCUGGUUGUUCCUGGUUUAUCUUAUACCUGUCCUCGGCUUGAUAUAGCUUUGGAUCUUUUGUUCUCUUUAGAGGUGUUUUAUGUUGUCCUCUUAAAUAUAGAGUUGGACAAAAACUUGAGGCUUCACUUAAUUUCAUGUAAUAUGUCCAUUUUG